AAAGGAAUUGGGAGAGCUAUCGCUCUCCAACUUGCUAGGAACAGCUUGAAUGUCGCUCUCAACGAUCUUCCCUCUGAGAAAGCGAAGCUCGACGAGGUCCUCAAUGAAGUCGUUGCUACGGGUGUUCAAUGCAAGAUAUAUAUAGCCGAUGUCUCGAAUGAGCAAGAAGGACAGGCGAUGAUCCUGGCCGUUGUCUCAGACCUCGGUGGUAUAGAUGUGAUGGUAGCAAAUGCUGGUGUCUCAUAUGCUCACAAGUUGGUCGAUAGUCCGCGACAGUCUAUUGACUAUUUCACCGGAGGAUUCAUCGACACAACUCGUGGUAGGCCCUCAGAGGUUCGUUCCUCAUCCAUACCUUCUCGGUUGAUCGCCUUUUAA